AUGCGUCGUAUUUCUAUCGUUUUCUUAGCCUUACUGGCUUACUGCAGUGCUUACCCCGUAGAGGAAACACCAGACGUCGCUUUACAAGUGCCCGAGAGUGCGUCGCAAGUACCUGAAACUGCUGUUGCGGAUGCGACCGCGAACGCUGAAGUUGUGGUGUUGGAAGCUGAGAAAAAUGCAGCAGCACCGGAAUCUGAUACAGAGCCAUCAAAUGCCGAGCAACUGUUGGAAGUGGAUACUGGGGUACCAGCAAGCCCUGAAUUGGUAAGGGAGGCGCGUCAAUUCAUUGGCUUCGGCGGUUAUCCUGGCUACGGUGGUUAUGGACGAUAUCCCGGUUAUGGUGGAUUCGGCGGUUUUUCUGGCUACGGUGGUUAUGGCUAUGGACGCUAUCCCGGUUAUGGCGGCUACGGCGGUUUUGGACGUUUUCCAUAUGGAUACCUUGGUUAA